AUGGUCGGCUUGGGCAUGCCCAGCCUGUCGCUGACCAAGGCACACAACUUCCUUGGCAAUCUCGCAGAGGCAAACCAGCUGGACAAAGACCGCUUUGCCGUCUGGAUAGCCACUGAGGAUGACAAGGAAGACUCGGAGAUCAGCUUCGGUGCUCUGCCACCGAAGCGACUCGGCUCCGAGGUCACCUGGCUGCCGCUUUCCUCGACGACCUCAGGGCUGUGGCAGGUGGCGCUGUCCGACUUCACACUGAACUUGGUCCGCCUGGACCUCUGCAAGAAGGGCUGCCACGCCGCCUUUGACACCGGAUCGGGAAUGAUUUCGGGUCCCAAGCGUUUGGUGGAUGCAAUCAGUCAAGAGCUGAACGUCGCCGCUGAUUGUUCGAACUAUGAGGAGCUGCCGGCCCUGGGCUUCGAGCUGGGCGGCGUCACCUUCAACCUGGACAAGUACGAGUAUGUGAAGCGCACCAGCGAGGGCUGCUUCCCCCAGUUCCAGGCCACGGAAGAUGACGACGCAGGGGACUCCCCCACCAUCUUCUUGGGGGCGCCCUUCCUCACGCGCUACGUGACCGUCUACGACCGCGUCUUCCUGCGGAUGGGCCUUGCCUUUGCCGUGCAUGCCAAUGAGCCCACCGGGGAGAGCACGGAAGGCGCCAUGAAGCGCCUCAUGGGGCGGCCGAGUCUGGGACGAGCUCCGAAGGCUCCGGAGGCGCCAGAGUCGCAGUAG